AUGAUCAAAAUAUUAUCAAAUACAACAAAACGACGAAGUGAGAGAUUGAGAAGACGAAAGACAACUCUUUUCAAGAAGGCAUUUGAUCUAGGUAGAGAUUAUGAUGUGGAUGUUGCGGUUAUUAUACGUCAACAUGGAAGAUAUUAUACAUUUAGAUCUAUGGAUAACUUAUCAUGGCCACCAUCAAUGAAUGAAAUUGAAACUUCAUAUCCGCUUCCAAAAAAUAUGCUGCCACGAGAUAUUCAGAACAAGACAUUCAACAGCGGAAGACACAUUUCAUGAUGCUGAAAUUAUAAUGGUCUCGCAAUUAUUGGUUGAAAGACAGGGAAGCCAAAUAUUUGUUAGGCUUAAUCUUUUGUUUGAAAAGGAAAAAGUGACAGCAUCUUGUCUUGAG